AGUCAUAGUGCCCUCCAUUUACCUCACGUCAUCCAGCUAUUAAGAACAUCCAAUAGGGUUAACAGAUGGCAAAACCCUUCUCCCUGCAAUCUCUCCAUUUUCCAAAUUUCUCAGUCUGGGUUUAGUUUUUACAAGAUGGUCAGUGCUAGCGCUGAAUUUGCUCAUGCUGUUGUUGGCAGCAUUGGUAACGUAAUCUCUCUCAUCCUUUACCUCUCGCCAAUGCCAACAUUCUGUCACAUAUACAACCAGAAGGAUGUUGAAGAAUUUCAGUGUUAUCCUUACGUAGCAGCCGUCAUGAAUUGUCUGCUGCUGAUCUUUCAGGGCCUGCCUAUGGUUGCACCAAGCGCGAAUAGCCCUUUUAUCUUCAUCAUCAAUGGCCUUGGCCUGGCGGUAGAGUUACUCUAUUUACACAUAUUCCGCUACUACGAGAAAAAGCACAAGGGGUUUUCACGAGUGGUCUUGUUUCUUGCCGCUGAAGUAAUUCUCCUGGCGAUCAUUGUCACCGCCGCCUUGCUAGGUUUCCAUACACACUCUAACAGGAAUCUCUUUGUGGGUAUUUUCUGUGCGGUUUCCAACGUUGUGAUGUACGGUUCGCCGCUUGCUAUCAUGAAGAAAGUUGUUCUUACGAGGAGUGUGGAAUACAUGCCACACGAUCUUUCACUUGCUAGCUUCUUUAAUGGCGUCUUCUGGACUGUUUAUGCUGUCAUCAUAUUUGAUCCUCUUACGUUGGCUAGCAAUGGCCUUGGCGCACUCUUGAGCCUAGCGCAGCUCCUGCUCUACGCUUACUACUCCAAUCCUAAACGUACUGCUGCAGUGAUGCCGGUCCAACUCGAACCUGUAAUCUGAAAAGGAGAAGAGUUUUCCAUGUCUCAGAGUAGUACAGUUUGGAUUUUCUUUAUCCCUUUAUUUGGCAAUUUUAGCCUAUUCUUUUAAUUUUUACAAAGAUACCUGAUUGUAAAAUUAGUUGAAAUUGGCUUUGCCAAUAAUUUACCAGAAUUGAAAUAAUUGGAAAAUUUGCCAAAAUUGCACGUUAA